AUGCAGUGGCCCCCGGUCCCUGGCGCCUCUCCGUGUCUAAGCUGGGCCUCCUCGCUCGCCUGCUUCGCGGCCACGACGCUCCUGAGCCGCGCCGGCCGGGCCCCCCUCAUGGCGGCCAAGUGGUUCAAGGAGUUCCCCCUGAACCUGAAGACCGUGUCGGAGCGGGCCAAGCCCGGCGGCGGGGGAGGCGGCAAACUGCGCAAGAACUCGGAGGCGGGCGGCUCCGGGCCCGCCCCGGGCAAGGGCCGCAAGAACUCAGCGGCCGAGCUGGGCAGCGGUCGGGCCGGGGUCGGCCCCCCCAAGGACAGCCGGCUGUCCCGGGAUAGCCUGCAGAGCCUGAUUCAGGCCGCCGCGGGCAAAGGCCGCAAAAACUCCCGGACCACCGAGGAGGAGCCCCACCGGGGCGCGGCCAAGAGCUCAGGCUGCAGCACCUACAUCAACAGGCUCAUCAAAGUGGACACUCAGGAGAAGAACGGGAAGAGCAACUACCCCAGCAGCAGUAGCAGUAGCAGCAGUAGCAGCAGCAGCUCUUCCUCCGCGUCCUCUUCCCCUUCAUCUCUGGGCCCCGAGCUGGACAAGGGCAAGAUUAUUAAGCAGCAAGACACGGUCAUCAUUUUAGAAGACUAUGCUGACCCUUACGAUGCUAAACGGACGAAAGGUCAAAGGGAUGCAGAGAGAGUAGGGGAGAACGACGGUUAUAUGGAACCCUAUGAUGCCCAGCAAAUGAUAACAGAAAUCAGACGACGAGGUUCCAAAGACCCCCUGGUGAAGGCGCUUCAGCUGCUCGACAGCCCGUGCGAGCCUGGAGAGAACGGCCCGAAGCCCGAGGCGCUGGCGAAGCGCCGAGGCUCCAAGGAGCUGCUGGGGAAGCCGCCGCAGCUGUACGACACGCCCUAUGAGCCGGCGGCCGAGGCGGGCGCGUUCGCCGCCGAGGGGCCGGAGCGGAAGGCGAGGUUGCCCCCGGACAGCCACGGACGGCUGCCCCAGGACGACGAGAGGCCCGCGGCCGAGUACGAGCAGCCUUGGGAGUGGAAGAAGGAGCAGAUCGUGCGGGCGCUAUCGGUUCAGUUUGAGGGCUCUGAGCGGCCUUCUGUCAAGGAGGAGGCAGUGAGGCAGCACCACCGGCAGAAGAGCUGGACCCAGAAGAUCUUGAAGCCAGCCCUGACCGACCACAGUGAGGGGGAGCGAGUGGACCCAGCCCUGCCGCUGGAGAAGCAACCUUGGUAUCAUGGUGCCAUCACCCGUGCUGAGGCAGAGAGUCGACUACAGUCCUGCAAAGAAGCUGGGUACCUGGUUCGAAACAGCGAGUCAGGAACCAGUAGGUACUCCAUUGCACUGAAGACUAGUCAAGGAUGCGUCCACAUCAUAGUGGCUCAGACCAAAGACAACAAGUACACCCUGAAUCAGACGAGUGCUGUCUUUGGCAGCAUCCCGGAAGUGGUACACUAUUACUCCAGUGAGAAACUGCCCUUCAAGGGGGCAGAGCACAUGACCUUGCUCUACCCUGUACACAGCAAGCUGCACCAAGGCUCAGCCUCCAAAAGCCCCAGCGGAGCCUCUCACACCUAG